AUUCUCAAUUGGACAACUAGCUAGUCUUGCACUUGAUACUUCCAUGGUUGCAAUAGCAAUCCUUGUCAUCUUGGAUAUCAUUCAUCAAAGGCCACUGAUUGAUGAUGAUCAAGGCAAAGGCAAAAAGGUUGAACGAUCUAGACCUUUAGACAUUGAGUUGAAAAUGAUGACAUUUGCAUAUCCAUCUAGGCUAGAGGUUAUUGUGUUGAGGGAUUUUUAUCUAAAGGUCAAAGGUGGUAGCAUGGUGGCAUUAGUGGGUGGAAGUGGGUCUGGAAAAUCAAUAGUAGUAUGGUUGAUACAAAGAUUUUAUUAUCCAAAUCAGGGAAAGGUGAUGAUGGGAAGAGUAGAUUUGAAGAAGGUCAAUGUGAAAUGGUUAAGGAGACAAAUUGCUUUGGUGGGUCAAGAGCUUGCUCUUUUUACUGGUACCGUAAGAGACAACAUUGCAUUUGGAAACCUAAAUGCCUCAUGGGCUAAGAUUGAAGAAGCUGCAAAGGAAGCUUACAUUCACAAGUUCAUUAGUAGCCUUCCACAAGGCUAUGAAACACAAAUUGUGAGAGCGGGGUUCAACUAUCCGAGGGACAGAAACAAAGGAUUGCAAUAGUAAGCGCCAUACUUAAGAAGUCGAGGGUGUUGCUUUUGGAUAAGAAGCCAAUUGUUUCUCUUAGACUCUAAGCAAAGAUUUUCUCUUGAGGAUUCAUCUUGUUGUUUUGUAAUAUUGGAUCAUGAUUUUGUUAGACCCCUUUGAACGUAUUGCCUUUUAGUGCGCUUAAUUUUAAAGGGUCAUACCAAAAAACUUUGGACACACAAAGAACAAGUUAGAGAUUUGCAAUUCACUCACCUUUCCAAAAAAAUUCCAUUUCUAUCCAAACAUGGUUGCAUAUCUUGUAAAAUGCUUGAGGGAAUACAUUUUUCAAUAUGAA